GUCUGAGAGGACCAGGGUUUCCUGGGGCUGGGACCACCCACCAUGAAUGUGUCCCCCAUAUCUGAUCAGCGGGGAUAUGUUCAUGACAAUGCGACGGAGAGAAGAGUUAAUGGGACUUUCAUUCCUGUGGCACCUGAAAAACUGACCCUUAAUGACUGGAUGCGGAUCCCGUCUCUGCUCAUCGCCCUGGCUGGGCUGGUGGGGAACGGAGCCGUCCUGUGGCUCCUGGGCUUCCGCAUCCAGAGGAACCACUUAUCCGUCUACAUCCUCAACCUGGCGGCGGCCGACGCCCUCUUCCUGUGCUGCUCCUUGCUGAAUUGCAUAAAUCGGUUGGCUCACUACUUGUUUAGUUCUGUAACGUACUGUGUGAUCAUCUACCUCAGAUACGCGUCCUACGCGGUGGGCCUGAGCCUCCUGGCCGCGAUCAGCACCGAGCGCUGUCUCUCCGCGCUCUUCCCCCUCUGGUACCGAAAUCGCCGCCGCAAGCACACGUCGGCCGCGGUCUGCGCUGUCCUCUGGGCUCUGGCCGGGCUGCUCUGGGUAACGCGUUUUGUCCUUUGUUUUUAUUUGUAUCCUGACAAGUUCUGUAGUGGCAUCUACCGUGUCAUCGAGUCUGUGUGGUUCACGCUCCUCUCGCCAGUGCUUUGUGUGUCCAGCCUGACUCUGCUGCUGAGGGUCCAGUGCAGCUCCCGGCGCCGGCGGCCCCCCAGGCUCUACCUCCUGGUCCUGCUCACGGUCCUCGUGUUCCUGCUCUGCGGCCUGCCCAUGGGGAUCUGGUCUGUCCUGUAUUUCCACUUCCACGUAGAUCUCAUGCCUUCUUGGCUCCGUCAGCUCCUGGCCUGUGUGAACAGCAGUGUGAACCCCCUCAUUUACUUUUUCCUGGGCAGACGAGGGCAAAAAAGGAGGGAGCCCCUCAGGGUGGUUUUGCGCAGGGCCCUGGAGGAUGAGCGGGAGAUCAGAGAUGAGACGAGGGACAAAUCCAACACCAACAGCCCUGAGACUUCAAUCUGAGGCUAAGAACAAGAUGCUCAGACAUAGGAGUCCUUGAAAUGAGUCCCCUACCCCAGGCCCAGCUACAACAGCCAUCCCACCUCCGCGGGAGGGAAUGCGAGAUUUCCCCUGCCAUCCCUAAAGUUGUUGGCCAGGUUGUGAAUUCUAACUGAUAAACAAACAUUUAUUAGGUGACUGCUGUAUGCCAAAUAGCUGGAAGGUCCUGAUAAUAGAGCUCCAGCGCCUGGAAUGGGAAUAAUCGAGAUCAAAUUUAGCUUGAGGGGCCUGCCAUGUGAUCCUGGGCAAGUCAUUUACAUCUAUUUGCCUCAGUUCUCUAAUUCGUAAAAUCUGCUACCAAAAGAAAUGGUAAAACAUUUCAGUAUCUUAGCCAAAGAAACAGAUGGAGGUCAGAGAGGGUCACAUCACUGAAGAAUAAGGCUUUACCAAGCGCUGUCAUAAAUGUUUUACAAAAAUCUCAUUUAGUCCUCACAAUAUACCUGGGAGUUAGGUGCUUUCAAGAUAUCCAUUUUAUACUUCAAGAAACUGAGUCCAGAGGCUCAUGUGUCCCCAGUCCAGAGAAGACUUCUACAACAAAUGGCCAGUGUCCCUGUCUUGAAGGAAAUAUGUCUUUGAAGGGACCAUGUCUCCCUUCCCUCUCCUUGUCACUUUCUGUAAAUGAAGGAAUAGAGCCGGGAGUCAGGAUCCUCAAGGUGCAGGGGGCCAUAUUCCUCCGUUUUGUCUUCUCUCAGGCCUGAUACACAAGAUUCCCUCUGGCCUCUUCCCUCUCUUCCUGCCCUAAAAAAAGGGACAUUCCAGUUCAGAUAGUUCCCCCUCCUCCCUCUCCUGCCAGGACUUCUUUCCCUUCUGCCUCCCACUCUCAUCCAAGGGACUAGACAAAAUCCAAAAUUCAGUGGUGUUUUUAAAACAAUCAAUAUAAUUCAUGUCCUCUUUAAUUUUUAGGAUUUACAAUGUAGUGUUUAAUUGGGGAUUUUUCAUUUUUAUCUAGUUUUUAAUUGCACAAAAUUAAUUGGUCUUCUUUUUCUCAAUUUUAUUGGACUAAGUAUUUAGAAGUAUACAUUUUCCUCUCAUUCUUGCUUUUAUUGCAUCCCAUAAGUUUUGGCAUAUUUGUCUUAUCGUUGGCAUUUUCUUCAACAAAAUUAUUGUUCCUUUGAUUCGUUCAUUAACCCACUCAUACUUUUAGAUUGUUUAUCACAAAUAGUAUUUUCACCUUUGUUGUUGUUUGUUUACUUAUUU